AUAGCUUGUCUUCUGCGUAUAGAAUGGCUUACAUAAGAUUGUACUGUUUUCUGCUUUUUGCUGUUUGUAGCAUCUACGGAGAUGUAUCAGGAAACGCACAGCUAAGAAAUGACGUACGUGACCACCUGAAGUUAUGGCCAAAAAAGACGAUGCUUUACGCAAUAGGCAGUAAUUAUGAAAGUGAUGGAUGGAUCUUUCUCAAAUUUGAUAUUGUAUGCUAUACUGAAGAUGUGGGGGAAAAUACACAAAAAAGACAGUGUCUUUACCUAGCUGACGACUGUUUUAACGAGAGAGAUAUAGUUUCUCUGUUGGUGGUCACAAUGGGGCUGUAUCCUGAACAUCAGAGACCCGACAGAGACCAGUACAUACAGGUACACAUGGACAACGUACAGGAUGGUAAGUAUACCAGACACACGACAGGUACCAGUACAUACAGUUACACAUGGACAACGUACGGAUG